AUGGACGGCGGUAAAAGAAAACGUUCAAAGAAUUUCAGUUACUUUGAAAAAAAACUUUUAAAUCUAAUUGUGUCAAACCACCCAAUUAUCAAGAGCAAACAGCAUGAUCCAUCAAAAGAAAACAAGAAAUAGAAUGCCUGGACUACGAUUUGUAAUGAAUUCAACUCAAAUUAAAAAGUACAACAAAUAAAAAUAAGAUACUGUACUUAUUGUUGACCCACUUUUACAAAUCAGACUCACUUUGAAAUAUUAGUUUUCUUGUGUAACACAACACAGCGGGCCUAAAUGUAUUUGUGACAGAAAUAUAACACAAAUAAUAUCUUACAUAAUUACUAAUAUCAUUUCUAUAUUGUCUUGUCUUUGUAAGGUCCUGUGGAAAAACAUAAACAUCUAUUUAAAGAAGGCAAAUGCUGUUGCUCGUUGGGAGCGUUUCAAGACUGUUGGCGGACCCCAGUAAGACCAGAGACAGAUGAGCUGGGGGACUUGUUGACCGGGAUCAUUGAUAGCCAGCAACCCCUGGAAGGUAUCCCCGAUGAUGACCAUUUGGACAGUUUAGAUGGGGGACCGUUCCAAUUCUCAUUUGGUAGGACACAUUAAUUCAACAUGUGCCAUCCCUGGACUGCAGGGGAUAUCUUGCACUCCCAAAAGAAAAAAUUAUGUAAUGAACUCAACUCUUGAAGAAAUAAUAUUCCCUAAUGGAGCAAUGCAAUCAUUUUCUAGAGGCAGAUGAUCACCAUAGCUUGGAGGGGAUAAGAGAGGAUGAAGGUCAGCCCGCUACAUCUGCAGCAGCCAGGAGGAAAGAUUGUGUCACUAACCCGGGCUGGAGGACAAAGACAAAGAGGCUGAGCAUGCAUGAGAAACUGGCUAUGGAAUUUCAUGUGCGCAAACUAAUUUAA